AUGGCUAAUAAAACUUUGUUUAUGCUUCUCCUUUCUCACAUUAUUCUUUGUUUCUCAAUUGUUUUUUCAAAUCUAGAUGUAAGUCUUGCUGAGGAUGGACUACCUAAGUUCAGUCAUGUUUGUGACCCCGCUCGAUUCGAAAUGCUUGGGUUGGAUAUGGAUGAGUUUGCAUAUUGUGAUAAAUCUCUUCCAUAUGGUGUCAGGGCCAAGGACCUGGUGGAUCGUAUGAGCUUGGUUGAGAAGGCCGAGCAAAUGGGAGACAACACCAGUGUUGGUAUCCCAAGGAUUGGAUUACCACCAUACAAAUGGUGGUCCGAGGCACUACAUGGCGUGGCUGAUACUGGACGCUCCACUAAGUUUGACUCGGUUGUUCCUAGUGCAACAAGUUUUCCAACUGUUAUACUUACCACCGCAUCCUUCAAUCAGACACUUUGGAAAACCAUCGGCCAGGUUGUUUCAACAGAAGCAAGAGCCAUGUAUAAUUUAGGACGAGCGGGUUUGACAUUUUGGAGUCCUAACAUCAAUGUAGUGAGAGAUCCUAGAUGGGGAAGAACUCUGGAGACACCAGGAGAAGACCCUUUUGUUGUUGGACUGUAUGCAGUUAACUAUGUAAGAGGCUUGCAAGAUAUUGAAGGACAAGAUAACAGCAGCGAUCCAAAUUCUAGACCUCUCAAAGUUUCUGCGUGUUGUAAGCAUUUCGCUGCCUAUGAUGUUGAAAAUUAUCUUGGUCUCGAUCGACUUCAUUUUGAUGCAAAGGCACUUUCCAUUGAAAUAUAA